UGCUUCCACCACUGCCAAUAACAAAAUAACUAGCAACCAUGAAGUGGGUGGAAUCAAUUUUUUUAAUUUUCCUACUAAAUUUUACUGAAUCCAGAACACUGCAUAGAAAUGAAUAUGGAAUAGCUUCCAUAUUGGAUUCUUAUCAAUGCACUGCAGAGAUAAAUUUAGCUGACCUGGCUACCAUAUUUUUUGCCCAGUUUGUUCAAGAAGCCACUUACAAGGAAGUAAGCAAAAUGGUGAAAGAUGUAUUGACUGCAAUUGGAGAUGAACAGUCUGCAGGGUGUUUAGAAAACCAGCUACCUGCCUUUCUGGAAGAACUCUGUCAUGAGAAAGAAAUUUUGGAAAAGUACGGACUUUCAGACUGCUGCAGCCAAAGUGAAGAGGGAAGACAUAACUGUUUUCUUGCACACAAAAAGCCCACUCCAGCAUCCAUCCCACUUUUCCAAGUUCCAGAACCUGUCACAAGUUGUGAAGCAUAUGAAGAAGACAGAGAGACAUUCAUGAGCAAAUUCAUUUAUGAGAUAGCAAGAAGGCAUCCCUUCCUGUAUGCACCUACAAUUCUUCUUUGGGCUGCUCGCUAUGACAAAAUAAUUCCAUCUUGCUGCAAAGCUGAAAAUGCAGUUGAGUGCUUCCAAACAAAGGCAGCAACAGUUACAAAAGAAUUAAGAGAAAGCAGCUUGUUAAAUCAACAUGCAUGUGCAGUAAUGAAAAAUUUUGGGACCCGAACUUUCCAAGCCAUAACUGUUACUAAACUGAGUCAGAAGUUUACCAAAGUUAAUUUUACUGAAAUCCAGAAACUAGUCCUGGAUGUGGCCCACGUACAUGAGCACUGUUGCAGAGGAGACGUGCUGGAUUGUCUGCAGGAUGGGGAAAAAAUUAUGUCCUACAUAUGUUCUCAACAAGACACUCUGUCAAACAAAAUAACAGAAUGCUGCAAACUGACCACACUGGAACGUGGUCAAUGUAUAAUUCAUGCAGAAAAUGAUGAAAAACCUGAAGGUUUAUCUCCAAAUCUAAACAGGUUUUUAGGAGAUAGAGAUUUUAACCAAUUUUCUUCAGGGGAAAAAAAUAUCUUCUUGGCAAGUUUUGUUCAUGAAUAUUCAAGAAGACAUCCUCAGCUUGCUGUCUCAGUAAUUCUAAGAGUUGCUAAAGGAUAUCAGGAGUUGUUGGAGAAGUGUUUCCAGACUGAAAACCCUCUUGAAUGCCAAGAUAAAGGGGAAGAAGAAUUACAGAAAUACAUCCAGGAGAGCCAAGCAUUGGCAAAGCGAAGCUGUGGCCUCUUCCAGAAACUAGGAGAAUAUUACUUACAAAAUGCGUUUCUCGUUGCUUACACAAAGAAAGCCCCCCAGAUGACCUCAUCGGAGCUGAUGGCCAUCACCAGAAAAAUGGCAGCCACAGCAGCCACUUGUUGCCAACUCAGUGAGGACAAACUAUUGGCCUGUGGCGAGGGAGCGGCUGACAUUAUUAUUGGACACUUAUGUAUCAGACAUGAAAUGACUCCAGUAAACCCUGGUGUUGGCCAGUGCUGCACUUCUUCAUAUGCCAACAGGAGGCCAUGCUUCAGCAGCUUGGUGGUGGAUGAAACAUAUGUCCCUCCUGCAUUCUCUGAUGACAAGUUCAUUUUCCAUAAGGAUCUGUGCCAAGCUCAGGGUGUAGCGCUGCAAACGAUGAAGCAAGAGUUUCUCAUUAACCUUGUGAAGCAAAAGCCACAAAUAACAGAGGAACAACUUGAGGCUGUCAUUGCAGAUUUCUCAAGCCUGUUGGAGAAAUGCUGCCAAAGCCAGGAACAGGAAGUCUGCUUUGCUGAAGAGGGACAAAAACUGAUUUCAAAAACUCGUGCUGCUUUGGGAGUUUAAAUUACUUCAGGUAACAAA